GCAUUAUUGUUGUCACCGAAUAAACGAAUAACAACAAAAACAUAACCCUACUUUUUUGUGUCAAAAAAAUUAAAUACACAGAGCACAUAAUUAGAAUAAAAAUUAAAGGCAGGGUAUUCGAAAUUCGAAUCUCAAUGAAUAUAUUUUUGAACUCAUUUAUUUUAAUUACAAUUGUACUUAUUGAGACAAAGUGUGAACACUAUAAAGUUAACUGUGAAUCAUUACGUAUGGGACAGUAUUUGUGCCCGGAUCCAGUAUAUGUUAAUGAUUCAAUAGAUCCAAAAACACAACAACUUCGUGGCUGUACAAAAACUAAUAAGGCCAAAGUGAGGUGUAUUGCAGUGGAAGGCCUCAUUUGUAAUGAAACAGGAAAUGCAACCUUUUUCAAAGAAAUGCCCUGCAAAUGGACGAAUGGUUACUCUUUUGAAAUGGCACUAUUGCUUUCAAUAUUUUUAGGAAUGUUCGGAAUUGAUAGAUUUUACUUAGGAUAUCCUGCAAUUGGUUUAGCAAAAUUUUGCACUUUGGGAUUUAUGUUUAUUGGACAAUUGAUUGAUAUUAUAUUGAUUUCAACCCAAACUCUCACUCCUGCCGAUGGAUCUGCUUAUGUCAUUCCAUACUAUGGACCUCAUGUUGAAGUUAUUAAAAGUGAUAACAAUACUUAUAGAUUGGAACAAGACAUUAAAUAAUCAAAACCAAUUCUAAGUCUCCGGAGGUGAA